GAUAAAAAGGGGGCAAAUCUUCCUUUGUUACAUAAAAGUUUCCACUUGAAAGGCAACUUAAAAACUUCCCCUCAAGAAAAUCAUUUUACACGUAGAAAUGAAUUUCCGUCCAUUAAUUUUGCAAAUUUUGCAGCUGAUGUUUGCAACAAUGCUAAUGGUGCCAAAAAUUAAUUUAGCGUCUCAGCCCAUGCCAAAAUGUCCAACUCAUUGUCUAGAUAUCGCCAUUGCCUUUCCAUUUGACAUUAGUUCCAAUUGCCAUCUUGAUGAAUGUUCUCUCUUUAUUAUUUGCAGCACGAAUGACAACACCACCAACCCAUUUGUAAAAUUCAGUGAAUAUGAAUUUUUUCACAGAUCACUCAAUGGAGAUGUUAUAAUUUCAGCUUCGAUGGCUUUAGAUUGUUACAACCAGUGCGGUUCAAUAAAUGGCAGCAUCCUGGAGCUCUUCUCGUCUAAAUUGCAGAAUUUUGACACAUUUUUUCAACCACAACAAUAUUAUUCAUUUGUGGGAUUAAGUGGUAGUCUCAAAUUCCACGAAGCUGAUAUCUCUCUCAAACCCGAUGACCGAGCUAAGAUCUCUCCCAAACACAAGGACCGAGCUAAGAUCUCUGCUUUUGAGGUUUUAGGUGAUACAAAGAAAGAUGGUAUUCUCAAACCCAAUGGCCGAGCUAAGAUCCCUACCUUUCUCCAUAUUGCUUUUGGUCUCUUUCUUCCUACAGUCGGAAUUUCUUGGAUAUUUUGGAGAAGCAAGAAAAAGAAAAUCGCUAGACUAAGACAGAAUUUGUUCGUGAAAAAUGGUGGAUUGAUUUUAGAAAAAAUGCUAUUAAGAAGGAAAAGAUGUAAAGUCUUCACAGCAGAAGAUCUCAGCAAGGCUACGGACAACUACAAUGAAAGUAGAGUCUUUGAUAGAGAUAGGAAUGAACCAGUUUACAAAGGAACUUUACUUGAAGAUGGAGUAAACAAACUUGUCACCAUAAAGAGAUGUGAAAAAAUUGAUCCAGUCCAGAUUCCGGAUUUCAUUAGUAAAUUGGUCAAUUUUUCAUGGAUAGACCACAUGAAUGUGGCAAAACUGAUUGGCUGUUGUUUAGAGACACAAGUUCCAUUACUGGUUUAUGAGUACUACACUGAUAAAACGUUGUACGAUUCCAUUCAUGAUAAGUUUUCUUUUCUCUCCUGGGAACAUCGUCUUAAGAUAGCCACUGAAACUGCAAGGUCCCUUUUAUACUUGCAUUCUGGUGGCAAAGCACCAAUUAUUCAUGGAAACAUCAAAAGCUCCAACAUACUACUAGACCGUGGUUUCGUGGUAAAAAUAGCGUUUCCUUCAUUUACAGGAUUGUCGGGUACAGAUGGCAAAAAGAGUGAUGUGUAUAGCUUUGGUGUUAUACUAGCCGAGCUACUGACUGGAGAUGAGGUGCUAAACUUUGACAGGCCAAGAGGAGAAGAAUUUUUGGCUGCGUAUUUCAUUUCCGCACUCAAAGGAGAUCGCAUGCUUGAAAUUCUUGAACAUGAUUUGGUGGUGGGUGUUAACAUUGAGCAGCUGAAAGAAGUUUCUAUACUGACAGAGAUGUGCUUAAGAGAACGAUGUGAGGAGAGGCCUACAAUGAUUGAAGUCCUAAUGAAGCUUGAAAAUGUUUUUAAGGAGUCUGGAGCUCGACAAAGAUUAAGCAAGGUUUAACCAUGGCGAUAAUUGCCUGGAGGGUCGUGAAAAAGAUCAGUAUUCCAGCUCAAGAUCAACUAAGUUAUUAAUGAGCUUGAACUCAUAACUUUCCCAAGUAUUUCACUCAUCUUUCUUCUUUUUUCCCAUAAAACAAUGCAGGUUGAAAAAGACGGUAAUCACAAUAUCACUGCUUCCAUUUGAACCAGGGACAUAGAUUUUAAUUAUGUAAUGCGUUUUAUUGUAGAAAAGACAAAGUAUGUGUAAAACAAAUGAGGGCUAAGACUGUAAAUAUUAUAGUAGUUUGGAGUCUGUAUAAAUAGUAUUGUAAGCCGUAAACCAAAAAGAGGAGAAUUAUAUAUGAAAUCUUGCGAAGAAAGAAAUAGUUUUGUUUCUUCUCCAUUCUCUCA